GAAGGAGAGAAGGUACACUUUAUCAACUGCAAACAAAAGUUCAGAAAAUUAGAAAAUGAAACCAUUCAUGGCUGGCUGUAGACAAAAGGUGAAGUCUUUGAAAAGUGGUCUAAACUUCUUGAAAAGUGAAAACCACAUGCCAAAAUAGUUUACUAAAAAGGUUGGAUUUUAGUGAACCAAUAAUAUGGUCCAUGGGCAACCUGAUUUUCUGAUCCUAAAUCAAUCUGUUGCAUAAGAAAAAUUAAUCUUGGGAACUUGGAAGAUUCACUGGCCUCACAUUGGGAAUUUGAGUGCAGGCCAAGGGCAUUUUGGACAGAUUACUUGUAUGGUAUAAAUUUCUGAUUUCCAAACUAACAGGGAGAAGACGGGGAAAGAAGCUGGAGAGAAAUGGCGAGUGUUGGCAACAGUUGUUUUGGUUCAGUCUUCAUAGCUCCUUUUGAAAAUGAUGUCUUUUUGAAGAAGAUUAAGAAAUCUCCAUGCAAUUGUUUCAUGGUUUCCAAUGAUUCCUUCAAAUUGAACAAAGUUUCUUGUGGAAUUGAAAAGAACCCCACAAGCAGCAGACCCUCCAAUUCCAAGAACACGAUCGAGGAGUACAACACAGCUAUGAAGAGGAUGAUGAGGAACCCAUAUGAGUAUCACCAUGAUCUGGGCAUGAACUACACAUUGAUAACUGAUGACUUGAUUGUGGGCUCCCAGCCUCAGAAACCUGAAGAUAUAGAUCACCUGAAGGAAGAAGAGAAUGUGGCAUACAUUUUAAACUUGCAGCAGGACAAGGAUGUUGAGUAUUGGGGAAUUGACUUGCAGUCAAUAAUAAAAAGGUGUAAAGAACUUGGAAUCCGUCACAUGAGGAGGCCGGCAAAGGAUUUCGAUCCAGAUUCCUUGCGAAAUGGUCUACCUAAAGCAGUUUCAUCGCUAGAAUGGGCCAUAUCUGAGGGAAAAGGAAAGGUUUAUGUGCAUUGCACUGCUGGACUGGGAAGGGCCCCAGCUGUUGCAAUUGCUUACAUGUACUGGUACCUUGGAAUGAAUCUGAAUGCAGCAUACGAUGCACUAACUUCCAAGAGACCUUGUGGCCCAAAUAAGAGGGCAAUACGUGGAGCUACCUAUGAUCUGACCAAGAAUGAUCCAUGGAAGGAGUCCUUUGAGAAUCUUCCUGAAUAUGCAUUUGAGGAUAUAGCAGAUUGGGAAAGGAACUUAAUUCGAGACCGCGUCUAUUCUCUCCGCGGAACUUGAGCACUUGGGUUUCCAUGGCGUUAACAAGUUGAAAACAUAGAGUUGGUACAGGGGAUAGAUAGGUGGUGCAGGCUGGAUGGAUGACUUUCAAGCAUGCUCAUCUUUUUUACCAUCCACCUUAGAGUAUUUAGCUUAGUGUAUGAAUAAAACAAAAAUGUUACCACAAUAGAUGUGGCAUUGAGAUGGCAAUCACAGUAUUGUGUACUUGCAAAUCUGAUUUUAUUAAUGAAUCCGUAUAAGUGCAAUUCUUUUCCAAUUAA